UAAAGGAGGAGGCAUGGACCUGUUGCGCUCUAAUCGCCAAGCUGCCAGCGCAGAAAGCAAGCCUGCUCCCUGAAUGCUCAGCGUGUAUCAACAAUCUGCUCCGUCGAUGGAUUUUAAAGAGCUUGGAGACGGCUCGUCCUCCGAGGGCGACACGGAAGAUCUGGACAGCGUGAAAGCGCUCACGGAGAAGCUGAAGUUACAGACCCGCAGACCGUCCUACCUGGAGUGGCAGGAGCGCGUACAGAGCCGAGCGUGGAAGGAAAGAAAUUCCGCGGACGGUCCUGGCUCAGGAGGACAGCAAGUCGUUUCCGUGCCGGAAAUUUUGAGGAACGGGAGCUCCGAACUGGUUGUGGGCAGCAUCUGUGGCUUUGACACCAUGGACGAUGCCCUGGAGCAUCUUAGAAAAGAGCUGAGGGAAAUGCAAGUUCAGGACAACCAACUGGCCCGUCAGCUGAUCCGUCUGCGGGUGGAGAUCCAUCGGCUCAAAGUGGAGCAAGUGUGCCACCGUCACAAGGAGAUGCUGGACGACGCAACGUAUGAGCUGGAGGAGUGCGGAGAGGAGUCGGACCUGCUGUGUGAUAUCCCCAUGAAGGCUGCCUUUGCUCUGUCCACCCCUCUAAAACAUCUGGGCCUCACUAAGAUGAACAUCAACUCCAGGCGUUUCUCACUGUGUUAAAGACCGCAGGCCUCGCUCAUGCCACUGAGGACGCUCCGUCACCUCCUCUGUGUUUGUGUAGGCAUUAUUGUUAUAAAGGGUUAUUUCCGUUUUGGGAGGUGCAGUGGGGCAAAAGUAAAGAGCAGCCACUAGCAGCUGUGAAUGAAAAUGAAAACGAUGAUGACUUUGAUGUGUGCCUUGGUAUGACAUGCAUGAGGAAGCCUGUGCAUACAGACCUGCAGGGCACACACCUUUAUCAUCACGCAGCUUCCUGCUGGAUGAGGUCUGGGCAGCUCUGCUGUUGACUGAGAGAACUAAUGAAGACUAAGAGCUAGACUGAAGUAUACUCAGUGAACUGAGUACGUUUUUAAAACCAGAAACCAAGGCGAUUUGGUGAUGCAAAUUCAUAUUUGCCAAAGAAGUUUAAGCGUCACAAUAGCUCAUUUAUAGCUCAGUUUAUAUUCUUGGACUCUGCAGGAGUACAGUAGAAAUUCACAUUUCAGAAAUGCCUUAUUUACCUUCUACUGAGCUCACUCGACCCACUGUUGGAAACGAGACAUUUCAGCACCUCGAAGCCAGCUUUAUUGUGAUUGGCUGCCCCUCUUGAGAAGAGGUGAGGUGAUUUUGUUAAGGUUAUCCCCUCUCAUUGAGGUCAUUAGAAAAAACUGUCGGAACUGUGUUUGGAGCAGUCUGCAGCCUGAGCUUUGGGCUCACGGGGAUUACUUUGCAUACACUGACCUCAUUAUUCUGAUUAUUGGGAACUUAAUUCAUGUUUAAUAUGAAUGUUCUCCAUUGUAAUGUGCCUAGAACAGAUAUAACUUAUAUAUACAGUGCUUAGCAAAUGCAUUAGAGCAUGCAUUUGAAAAUUACCAAAUUAAUUUUUAUACUUCUGAAAUCUGGCAACACGUGCAGGUGCUUUAAUCAAAUUUAUAUUUUUUAAUGAAAAUUAAAUAAAAACUAUAAUUAAUGUUAUCUGUGAAUUUUUUACUGAAAAAAUAGUAAAGCACAUUAUUAUUAUUACUGUUAUUGAUUAAAAUGUCAAAUUACAAAUUACAGUCAUUUACUUGCAUUCCUGAACAGAAGCAACAAUUUGCCUGAUAAAAAACAAAAGAAAAUAAUUUUUACUUCAAGUUAUUUAUUUAUUUUUAUUUUUUUUUACAGAUUUCUAAAUCAUUUGUUAAGCACUGUAUGACAGAAAAUGAGGAAAUGUUCACACUACUUUACAUCACCUCAGAAGUUUUGCUGCCAACCUAAAUAGGUCUUGGAACAAAAAUGAGAUGUUACAAUUUAGAAAAUGAAAUAAAGACAAAACAUAUUGAAGCUGUUUUCAAGCUUGAAUCCAUGCAGAAGAAAACGAUAAAAACCAAAAUGACAUAUUUCCCCUGUGGCCUGCAGUGCUACUCAUGCUACCCAUCUCUCUGGAUUGGUUUGGGUUGGCUCUGAGUUUCUCACUUUGCCUGGCUUCUCUUGAAUAUAAUGGAAUCUAAUAGCUCUCCCUAAAAUACAUUUAAAUACCUCAGCAGCAACGUCUCUUCUCUGAAAUCAUGACUCAAGUUUUAUUUUUAAUCUACCCUGAUCUGCCAUGUGAGGACUGCAGUUAAGUAAGGUUAAAGCCUCUUUACUUCUUACAUGCCAUCAUGCUUUUACAAGCAUCACGAUUAGAUACCAUUUCUGCACAGCCGUGCACUAACUGCUGAUGUUCACAUCUGCAGAUUUUUAUUUAUUUAUUUUUUAAGUAACUGGGUCACGACUUCUGAAAAGAGUCAAAUGUAUUUCCAUCAAAUAUAUUUUUUGGCCCUUUGAAUGUCAAGUAAGAUUUAAGCAAAGCCAUUAACGACCCCUUCAAAAGGUCAUGAGCCAAAAAGUUUGGGAAACACAGCUUUACUGAUACUGAAGCAUGAAAGCAGCUGCUCCUGUCUGGUCUGGGCCGAUAAAGAAAUUCUCAGCAACACGUUGAAGUAAACAAAGUCCUUUAAUGCAGACACUUACAGCAGCCACAGGCAGGUCACACUCCAGCAUUUUUACACCUCUUCUUCACAAACCAAAAAUAUCUCUGCAACCUAGCCGCUGCAGUGACACAAACCAGGAGCUCGUGUCCGAUGCUCUUUGUUUUCCAUUAGCACGUCAGGAUGCUGCAGAGCCCUGAUUUUAGACUAUAUGUGGCUGGCAAGUGACCAAGAGUAUUUUAUGUUUUAAAUGAUUUGCUCUUUAGUUUAGUUUAAAAAAAAGAAUGAAUGAAUUUAACUUUGCUUGCAUUAAAAGUGUAAAACAUCUAUUAAAUGUAUUAUUCUAUGCAGAUUGUUAAAUCAAGUUGUAAUGUGAAUGUAAUGACUUAACUGAAUGAAUAUAUAAGAAAAACGCCUUAAAGUGUAAAUUUCAAAAUCUUUUUCUUUCACAUAAAGGACAUAUUAAAGAGUUUUUUGUCA